AUGGAAAAGAAGCUGAUGGAUAAAGCAUUUUUAUUAUUACUAUACUGGAUGGUGUUUGCAUCCUUCACAUUCACUGAUUAUUACUCCGAACGGAUAAUGAGAAUUUUUCCUUUGUACUGGAUCGUCAAGUGCAUCUAUUGUAUGUAUUUGUAUUUACCACAAACAGAUGGUUUAAAUAUCAUGGAGGAAAGGGUCAUUCUACCGGCAUUGCAAAAAUUUGCUAAAAAUAGAGCAGGAGAAACUCCACAAAACACAUUACCGUAA